AUGGCGCCCGCCGGAGAACGCCAGUACUCCGAUGAGCUCGUCACGCUCAUUUGCAGCGAAUCUAAAGGUUCGGACCCCGUCGAUCUCUCUGAGAUUGUAAUUUCAACGCCUGAGAUCGGCAGUUGGGACUUGCCGUCGAUCAUCUCUCACAAAGCCCUCAAAAUCAAGGCCGAUCCGAACAGGUUAAUUGAACAGUCCUCAUAUUUCCGUGGACUCCUUAGUGGGAGCUUUAGUGAAGCUGGACUUAGUUCUUUAUCAAUACAUUGGGAGCUGCGGUCAUUUUUGAGUGUUUUAAGGGCUAUAUUUGGUUGCGAGGUGGAGAUUUCACCAGAUAACUUUGUUCUUCUGAAUGAGGCAGCAUUAUUCUUUGGGGUCGAUAUACUUCUCUCUAAAUGCCAAGUUUGGUUGGAUGAACUGACUUCAUCCAGGGGACAUCGGGAACCUCGAUUAUGUCUGGUCAGCUUGAUUCAAAUAUGGAAGCAUGGUCUAGAGCAUGCAAAUGACUUUGUUCAAAAUUCCUGUACAAGCUAUCUGGCCAGGAACUUUACGUGGGCAAUGUCAAUCAACUGUUACACUGAUAUUCCUGGCAAAAUGCUCUGCUCCUGUAUCCAGCAUUCUGACUUGACUGUGGACAGUGAGAAGCAGCUUUGUGAUGCUGUUUUAGUUUGGAUAAAUGCAAACGCUGCAAAUUUAGAGGGCUGGAGUAGCGAUGAUUUAUUUGACAAGAUGCGUAUGUGCCUUCUGCCAUUAUGGUUUGCUGCUGGAAAACGAGGAUCUCGUUUCUUUUCGAAGUUUGCUGCCGAGGCAACUCGUGAUAUUCUUAAUCUCUCCGGACAUCCUUGUACGAGUUUGGCAGAUAUCUUUGAAGAUGGCAGCUCUAAUCACCUAAAAAUCCGGUUGACAAAAUAUUCACAGAAACUGGAGAUUUCUGGCUGCCCACAGCUGACAACAGGACUCUUUCUUCUUUCUUUGCUUCCUCCGCAUGAUGCAGAUUUAAUAUCACGAAAGAUCAUGAAGUUUUCUGUUAACCAAGCAAACUGUAUUGGGGACGGUUUCCAAGUCUCACAGGCCCUUGGCAAGAUGUUGACUUUUGAAGCAGUGCAGGAGUUGGAUAUUUCAAACUGCCCAUCUUUUUCCCUGGAUGCAGCAAUUGACUGUUUCAGCAAGUCGUUUCCAUCAUUACAAUCACUAAGGGUGGCUCAUUAUUUGAAUUUCAAAUCAAUGAAGUUAUUUCGAUUGGUGGAGAAGCUUCCUUUGCUAUGCAAUAUUGACCUAACUGUGGAUAUUAACCCUAUUAUACCUGCAAAAGUAUCUGUUACAUCAUCCUCAUCUAUUCUGAUACCAGAAGGAUCAACAAAAUCAUUGGAUGUAUAUAACUGCUAUUCGACUGCUUCAUUUUCUUAUCGAUCGAGGCCCUGGGUACCAAAUAUUAUAAGACUCAUUAUGGAGGGAAGAACUGACGUAAGUGACACGGAUCUCCUUGCAAUCUCACAAAUCUGCUGUUCUUUAAGUUAUGUUAACAUUAAAGGAUGCACAUCAUUGACGGAUCACGGUAUAUCAGCAAUGAUUUCAAAUUGCAAAAAGCUACAGUCAGUCUUGGCUUGUGAUACUUCUUUUGGGAACAAUUCAGUUCUGGCACUAUGCUCCAGUAAUUCUAGUGGAACACCACAACAUGAAAAGCAGUCCCAGUUAAUGGCUUACAGACUUCAAACUUUGCACAUUGGUGGCUGCUAUGGGGUAACAGGAAAGAUUCUUUCUGCACUCAUGUCUGGAGCAGAUCAUUUGAGGAGUCUUUGCUUAAGAGAAAUCCAAGGUGUUGAUGAUGCUCUUUAUAUUUUUCCGGGGACUGCCUUGGAGAUGCUUGACCUUUCUGACACUAAGGUCUCUGCUGCUGCUAUAUCUCAUGUUAUUCAUAGAAAUCCUGGCCUAAAAUCCCUGAGAGUAAGAGGAUGUAGGCAUUUGGUACAGCAGGAAGGUGAAGAUAAUGAACAGAAAUUGUACUCUGUACUGGGGAAUUUGUGCAAAUUGGAGGAGAUAGAACUAGGAUGGGGGUUUUCAUUUUUCUCGCUUGCGGCCCUUAAACCAGCAACUAAAACUUUGCGAAGUUUAUGUGUCGGUUUAGGUGGAUCCUUAGCUCCUGAUGGAUUGAAGCAGUUAACUACGAUCUGUCCAAUGCUUGAGACGUUGACUCUUUAUUUUCAGGCAAUCUCUGAUUCCGCCAUAACCGACAUAAUAAAAAACUUACCAGACUUGCAGUCCUUGGCUAUCUGCUAUUGCUUUGGUGACAUAUCCUCAUUAAGCUUUAAAUUUGGGAUGCCAAAUUUGAAGAGCUUGAAACUUGAAAGAGUAACCCCGUGGAUGACUAAUGAAGAUUUGGGUACUCUGGCUGAAAAUUGUGCCAAUUUGGUUGAUCUUUCACUGAUUGGGUGCACGUUUUUGGAUUCUGGAGCACAAGACAUUAUAUCAACUGGUUGGCCAGGAUUGACAUCUCUUCAUCUUGAGGAAUGUGGGAAAAUAACUUCAGAUGGCAUAAGAUCCCUUUUGGGCUGUUCUGCCCUUGAAGAUCUCACAAUACGGCACACGGGCCGUGGGAUUCCACAAAACUUUAUCAUAUAUGCUGCCUCCAAGUUACCUAUGCUGCGGAAAAUCUCACUCGAUGUUUGUGAUGCAAGGGAAGGCGAUUUUGACCUUCCGCAUUUUGCCAACAGGUACUUUCUGAGUAUAGUAAAGAUUGCGAGAU